AUGCAUCUUUCAUCGAUAUUGCUGACUUCUGUCGCCAUCGCCGUGGACGUGGUCCUGGCGCAGUGUCCGGAUUAUACUACUUACUCGACUACGAAGCAUGAGCCUCUCUCAAAGGGGAUGUACCAGCUGUCAUACCAGAGACCGAUUGCAGCAUGCCGGAAAUUCAACCUUACGGAGGUCGAAGCCACCAUUCAGGACAUGAAAACUGUGGUCAAGGAUCCAGACCUUUUCCGGCUCUUCGAAAAUGCCUUUCCAAACACACUGGACACCACAGUCACAUGGAAGGGAUUUGCCAGCAAUAACUCAGAGGAAGAACUCACCUUCGUCACGACGGGAGACAUUGUUGCCAUGUGGCUGCGCGACAGCGCGAACCAGAUGCGCAGCUACAAAUCACUCCUGAUGGCCAACGAGUCCAGCGAGUCGUUGGCGUCCCUGUUCCGCGGCGUCAUCAACCUCCAAGCGCGCUACAUUCUCAAGAACCCAUACUGCAACGCAUUCCAAGCGCCAACCGAGUCGGGCCUGCCGCCAGAGAGCAACGGCUACGCGGAGACGGACCAGGUGACGCCGCCGUUCGACCCAGACUUCGUCUUCGAGUGCAAGUACGAGCUAGACUCCAUCUCGGCCUUCCUGCAGCUGUCGUGGGACUACUACGACAUGACGCUGGAUGCCGCCUUCUUCGGCAAGUUCCAGUGGGCCAGCGCCGUGCGGACGAUCCUGAACAUGACCCAAGGCCUCCUCGUCGGCACGUACGCCGCCGACGGCUCCGUCAACACGUCCCCGUACACCUUCCAGCGCGAAAGUACCGCUGCUACUGAGACGCUCGCCAACAAGGGUAUCGGCAACCCCGUCCGGGCCGGCACAGGCCUCGUACGCAGCGCUUUCCGGCCCUCGGACGACGCCACCAUCUACCAGCUCUUCAUACCCGCCAACAUGCAGUUUUCGAGCUACCUCGGCCGGUGUGCGGAGAUCAUGAAGACGGUCGAUGCCGACGUCGCGCAGAAGAUGAGCCUCUUCUCGACCAGCGUGCGGAAGGGGAUUGACACGUACGGCAAGGUCAUGCAUGCGGAGUUCGGCCAGAUCUACGCCUAUGAAAUCGACGGCUUCGGGUCCAGUAACCUUAUGGACGAUGCCAAUGUGCCGAGCCUGCUGAGCGCGCCCAUCCUGGACUUCCUGAAUGCGAGCGAUGAGACGUACCAGAACACGCGGAAGUUCGUGCUCUCGACAUGGAACCCGUACUACAUGCACGGCCCGGUGAUUAAUGGAACUGGUGGUCCACAUGCUGGCCCCGGCAGGGCCUGGCCAAUGUCCAUCAUCACGGCACUGCUCACUUCAGACGACGACAGCGAGAUCGUCGAAGGCUUGCAGACGCUUGUCUCGUCGACGGACGGGCUCGGGCUGAUCCACGAGUCGAUCAACACCUUCAACCAGUCCGACUGGACGCGCCAGUGGUUCUCGUGGGCGAACGGGCUGUUUGGUGAGAUGCUGCUUGAUCUGAAGGACAGGAAGCCAGAGCUGCUGGCUACGAGAUUUCAGUAG